GAAACACUGUCAGGUUUUAUCUUCAAUCGCAACCGCUCUAGGAUGAGUUAUACAAAUCCAGGACCGGUUUGUAUAACUGAUCCCUAUCUGAACUAUUGAGUAUACAGCUCUAUAUACAGUAUACACUAUAUUGAGUAUACAGUAUACAGGAUCAGCUCUAGGAGAGUUUGUGACACUAUCGUUGUGCUGACUGCCUGCCUCAAAUAACCUUCUGUAGUUCUACUUCCGCAGUUUCUUUUUUUAUGAAAAAGCGCCGUGACUAGGGCACCCAGCAUCAUGGCGCUAAGUUUAACGCCGCUCGUUUGUUUCCAGAAUUUUAAAUUGCGUUUGCUCAGUCGUGCUGUUUUACAAAAUAAUUUAAAUACUCACAUUAUAUGUGGCUUUAGUACUAGUACUCUAACGUCACUGAGGGGCAAUGCGUGUGCAUGUCCAGUUUUCUCGGUCCGUGGAUCACAUGCACCGGUCAACAAGACUCUCGCGUGCAGGGCACUCCAGAAAAGCCUUUUGCGUUACAGCUACAGAUCACUCAAUUCAACUCCUCCGCCACCAAAGUCUGGCAACAAAUGGAAGAGAAAAGCUGGGCCAGUGACGUGGAAGUCUUUAGCAGUGACGUUUGCUAUCGGUGGAGCGCUCCUGGCGGGGAUGAAGUACUUCAAGAACGAAAAGGAGGAGUUGAUUGAGAGGGAAAAGACACGGUCACUGGGGAAGCCAGCUCUCGGCGGCCCCUUCUCGCUGGUCGACCACAACAAUCAGCCCAAGAAGAGCGAAGACUUCCUGGGCCAGUGGAUCCUGAUCUACUUCGGUUUCACACACUGUCCUGACAUCUGCCCAGACGAGCUGGAGAAGAUGAUCGAAGUGGUCGAUGAAAUCGACAGAAUACAGUCUCUACCGAACCUAACUCCACUGUUCAUUACAAUUGACCCCGAUAGGGACUCUCCUGAGGCCAUAUCAACCUAUGUGAAAGAAUUCUCUCCCAAGAUGAUUGGUUUGACUGGGACAAAGGAGCAAGUGGAGGCAGUCUCCCGUGCGUACAGAGUGUACUACAGUCAAGGGCCCAAGGACGAGGAUAACGACUACAUCGUGGACCACACCAUCAUCAUGUACCUGGUGGGCCCGGACGGGCGCUUUGUGGAGUACUUCGGCCAGAACAAGAAGAGCGCGGAGAUCUCCUCCUGCAUCGCCUCACACAUGAGGAAGCACAGGCAGGGCAAGUAGGGCUGGCCAUGGCUUGCCGCUCUGCAAACGCGCACUUCCUGUGAGCCGCUCACACACUUCCUGUGCGCUCAACAUAGACUGCACAUAUUUGCCUUCAACCUAUCCAGCAUCACUCUUUCUUACAAUUUUGUUUUAUUCAGUGUUUGAAUUGUUUAAAAAAAACAACAAAAAAAACAGAUGACAUUCCCAUCCCUUCUAUGUAUCAGGUUUAUUAAUGAUAACUGACAGCUGGAUGAGAAUAUUUUGGUUUUAUGAUGAGUCGGUUGGCAGUGGAUUUUAAGUUAUUUACAUGUGUGUGCUUGUGUUUUCCAUUGAAAGAUUUGGAAGACUUGUCGCAGCUGAUUUUGGCAACUAAUGAACAGUACAGGCUGAUUGUGAUGUAAUACUGAUACCACUUUUUUUUCAAAUCAAAAGUUUACAAAUGAGGAGGUUGCACGUCUAAACAGAGUACUCUGUGGACUGUCUUUGACAGCACAGGGCACACUACAGACAGGACAACAGUCCUACAGCUUGGACAGUGGCAGGUUGGCAUUGUUUGACUAAAGCAAUCAAGGUUCAUAACUUUGUGCAGUUUUGUAACUGCACACAAAAUCUGACUGAACAUUCUUCAUAGACACUCCCACUUCCUCAAUGGCGAGAUCCUGUUUUAUAAUAUAAAGAUUUUGACAUUUGAAGAAAUAAUUAUUGUUGAAAUACAUUUGGUGGGCGGCACUGAUCCUAUCCCUAAAAUAGGAACUGAACCAGACAAAUGCAUAUCUUCCACAAUAAAAAAAAUGAAUCCAAACGAUGUCAUUGUACUACAAUAAAUAAAAAAAGGCUUCAACCAUAAA